AAACACAAACCAUGUGAUACGGAAAUCGGUGUACCAGUAAAAUACGUGAUGUGUCAACAUUCGGAUAAAUAUUCUGAUACAUUUUCAUAUUGUCGUUGUCAAUUCGGCGAAAAACAUGUAACGUGACACGUCGAUAGGUUUCCAUAUAAUCAUACCGAGUAAGGAAGGUUAGGCUGCUGUUUUUUUCAUAGACGGUAGCUAGUUGCCGCAAUUAGCAUCAUAUGUGAAAGCUAGCAUGCGCUGGCUUGUAGCUCAUUUUGUUUGUAAACCGCCUUUCUGGCUGUGAAUCAGUGACAGUGACAGGUGGUGAUAACAUACCAACCUACACACGAGCCAACUAGAGAGCCUUUGUUUACCUGCCUCUAAGGUGAGCGGGGAGGGGCAGGGCCACCGUACGGUAGGAGGAAUGCCUGUGGAGGGCGGGAGCAGCAGCGGCUCUGCUUCGGCUGCCCGUCACCCAAAGCAGAAGCGCAAGGCUCACAGUUUGUCCAUCCGGCGCACCAACAGCACCGAGGAGAGGCCAGCAGGCAUCCAGAGAGGAGACAUGCUGGAGGGCCAGGACUCUAAGCUGCCCCUCUCUCUACGGCACAAUCUCCUUGACCUUUUUGGCCAGAUUGAGCGAGAGUUUGAAAAUCUCUACAUUGAAAACAUUGAAUUACGCCGGGAAAUCGACUCUCUGAACGAGCGUCUGACCGGAGAUGGACAGACUGUUGAUGGAGGAGACCCCACCAAAGGGGCUCUCAAAACAAAAGCCAGCCACAGCACCAGCCAACUGUCACAGAAGCUGAAGACGACCUACAAAGCCUCCACCAGCAAGAUUGUGUCCAGCUUCAAAGCCACCGCGGGGUCCCGGGCUGUGUGCCAGCUGCUCAAGGAGUACAUGGGUCACCGGGACGGGAUCUGGGACCUGAGCAUCACCCGCACCGUGCCUGUGGUGCUGGGCACCGCCUCCGCAGAUCACUCGGCUCUGCUCUGGAGUAUAGAGACUGGGAAGUGUCUGCUGAGGUAUGCUGGCCAUGCAGGAUCAGUCAACUCCAUCAAGUUCCACCCCACAGAGCAAAUGGCACUUACAGCCUCUGGGGACCAGACGGCUCACAUCUGGCGCUACAUGGUGCAGCUUCCUGUCCCCCAGCCAACUCCAGACGUCAGUGCCCCAUGUGAUGAGGACCAGGACUCUUCAGACAGAGAGGAAGGGGAGGUGGACGGUGAGGGUCCUUGCGAGGUCCCCACUGUCAGGGUCGCUACAGCAACCCUGAAGAGCCACCAGGGGGUAGUGAUCGCUGCUGAUUGGCUGGUGGGAGGUCGACAGGUGGUGACCGCUUCCUGGGAUCGAGCUGCCAACCUGUACGAAGUGGAGACGUCUGAACUGGUUCACUCUCUCUCUGGCCACGACCAGGAGCUGACCCACUGCUGUACCCACCCCACUCAGCGGUUGGUGGUCACCUCCUCCAGAGACACCACCUUCAGACUGUGGGACUUCAGAGACCCGUCCAUCCACUCCGUCAACGUCUUCCAGGGACACACUGACACGGUGACGUCAGCAGUGUUCACGGUGGGAGACAACGUGGUUUCAGGGAGUGACGACCGCACUGUGAAGGUGUGGGAUUUAAAGAACAUGAGGUCGCCAAUAGCAACCAUCCGCACUGACUCAGCUGUGAACCGGAUCAGCGUGUCCGCCAACCAGAGGAUCAUCGCCCUGCCACACGACAAUCGACAGGUCCGGUUGUUUGACAUGAGCGGAGUGCGGCUGGCCAGACUCCCACGCAGCAACAGAAUGGGUCACAGGCGGAUGGUGUGUUGUACGGCCUGGAACGAAGAGAACCAGUCGUGCAACCUGUUCACCUGCGGCUUCGACCGGCAGGCCAUCGGCUGGAACAUCAACAUCCCCGCCCUGCUGCAGGAGAAGUGACGCAGCUGACACGCACACACACACGCACGCACACAGUGAAGUAGGAGAUGUACAUAUAGACACUGUCGUCUGUGGCCUGGCACAUACAUAUUGACCCCGGGAAGCAUUUCAGUUCAGUCGUCAUGUAUUUCACAGACGAAAUGCAGAUGUUAACAUUUGGUAAGAGCUUCCUUUGUCGUGUUAAAUGACUGAUAUGGUUCCAACGUGUUAAAGUCUACAUGUGUGCGAGGCCACAGAUCUCCUCCACCUGCCCCUGUCACUUAUUUAGCAUGCGAUGUGAAUUGUGACACGGCUAGUCUGAUUAUUUUUGUUUCCUGGCCUUUUCUGUUUGAAAGUAUAUAUUUAAAUCUACAGUUGUACGCUGCUGUUCACAUCACUGUUGUUUAGUUACGGCUCUUGCAUGUUGAUAAUCUCGUUUUGCAAAUGUGACUUGUAAAGAGAACAAAAUGAUAGGGCCAGGAGAGCUUGUAGAAUAUGAUAUAAAGACGUUGUGUAUAUACUGUAUUAUGUCGUGCCCUGUGGUGCAGGUUGUUGCAAGUGUCUUACAGUUAUCUCCCUACAAAGGUUGGAGUUUGGCAGAGAUAGCGUUGUUCUGUGAAAUGUUUUUUAUCCUUUUAAUGAGACUUCUAGAUAUACAGAUUGGUCAUCAUGGAACAAAAACGUUAAUAUUUAGUUUUGUCACUUGCUGGGUCAUUCAGUUGUCUUAAAAUGUUAAGAAUCUGCUGUCCUCGCUAUAGAUUUGAGUCUUUGCCUAUUACCUUUGAUAUUUUCACUUCACCACCAGCCUCCAUUUUCUUUCCAGAUGUUGUUAAUAUUAAUGAUGAUACUGUAACUGCCUUGUUCCAUGUUUACAGUAAGUUUAUUUUGCUCUAUCUGCCUCUCUGUCAGACUGCAACGAGUCCAGAGCAUAGCAAUAAGGGGACUCCACAAAUAUUUAGUAGGUCUGUGAGUGGGAUGUGUUCGUAAUCAAGUACUCCCAACAUGUUGCUGUAUCACUACUUUUAGCCAUAAUAUGUACCUAGUGUUGGUGAGAAACGUGUUGCCGCCUCCCCAAAGUGAACUUGUUACGGUUUAUUAGUGUGCUCUAGAAACAGCCUGUCAAUAGGAAGCUAUAGUGUUUACACUUGUGUGAAGUCUUCCGUUAAGUCUCUAAGACUCUUUAUCCAAAUUCAGAAGCAAUAACCCAGCUCCUUUAUGUUUCUGGUGCUCAGAGUAGAGCUCCUCUGUCUUGUAAAUCAAUACGUCUGACUUAAACAAGCUCUGAAUCUCACUUUGAGAACGAUAAGGAAACCCUUUGUUACAUGUGCAAUAUCCCUAAACAGGAAGUCAUGCUCUAGUUUUUGAUCGUUAGAUGUUUAACUUAUUUCCGUGCUGUAGACCCCAUCAAAUGGUUUCUCUGUACAUGUGUGACUGCUGUAGAUGUACAUACGUAUGCAGAACUCCCAAAGAUGGCUCCAGACGUUACACUGUUUCAAUCAACAAUAGAGUCAGCAUGGAUUUUGAAGUAGCACAGACCUAAAAAUGUAAAAAUCGUAUUGAAAUACCUUAACAUUGCUUUGAUGCCUUAUCCUCCUGAGCAUCAAGCUUUUCCAAAUGCUUGUUAUAUAACUAGUUGUAAUCCACUGCAGUGUGCAGAUAGGAUUUUCAUUUCUGUUUCAUUCAGGAAACUCAAUCUCGGGCCCAUUGAUAUCAAUGUCAUUUUAAUUUGCUGGAAGACAGGCAAGACCCGAUAUAUUAAUACCAGCUUGGAGGAAAUAUGAUUUUGGAUUGAUACAUUAAAUUAUUGUAUUACAGAAUGGAAGAAGGUAAAAAAGUGGAUGGGCUUUGCCUCAUUGUAGCAAAUCAUAUUCAUUUCAUACUUCAUUAUGUGAUCUACUUUGCAUACUUUAUUGUGAUGGGCAUUUUCCAAUAAAAUGUGUGAUUUACCUU